UGUAACUAAUACAGACUCUGCUGAGGAGUUACCACGCAUUACUAAUGAGAGACAUGCAGCCAGAAAGUUGCAUGCAACAUUUGCAAAGCUCCUGAAGCUGUAUGUAUCUACCAAACUUGAUGUCUCCUUUUUACCUUUUUGCGUUGUAUUAUUUCAAAUAAUGCAUCCAACUAUUUAACUUUGAAAGGAUUUAAACACACUGUAGGAAUACGUAGUUAUAAGAUGCCAUCAUAAUCAAAGCCAUCAAUUUGGAUAAAUUUCCUAUUACCAAGUUAUACUGAAAUGAACAUUGUGGGAAAGCUCAAUUUAAUGAUACCGUGGAGUAUAUUUUUGCUUCAUUCACUGCUGUCCUCUUUGCAAGGAACUUAUUGCAAGCUUUCUCUUUUGAGAAGAACUUCAAGAAAUGAGUUUAAUGCAACUCGACAGAAAAGAGAUCUCUUAACAGCAGAGGUUCGAGCUUCCUCUCCUCAGUCGCACUUGCAUGGGGCCUUGACGCGCAGUCCGCCAGGAGGUUCUUGUUCUCAAGAGUGCCUUAAUGGAGCAGGUUGCACAGAGACAGGUGACUGUGAUUGUCAGUUAUUUCAGGCUCAAGGAAGCAGGUGCCAAAUUGUUCCUAACACUGGUAAGGACCGAGAUGGGAUUUGCAAGUCAUGGGGACAGUAUCAUUUUGAAACAUUUGAUGGCAUCUACUACUACUUUCCGGGAAAUUGCUCCUAUAUUUUUGCAAAAGACUGCGGUACUCCAGAACCCCAGUACACUGUUUGGGUUCAUAACAGUCCUGACUGUUAUGGUUCAGUAUAUUCUUGUCAGAGGUCAGUCAGCUUAUUUUUUUCAAACCAAGAAGAAAUAACUAUUUCAGGACAUGAAGUAAGAAAAGAAGGAAAAAGAUUAAUGUUGCCUCAGACCGUUGGAAAUGUUUUCAUUGAGAGAUUGGCUGACUAUAUUCUGGUGAAAACUACCUUUGGUUUUUCUCUUGCUUGGGAUGGAAACUCUGGUAUUUAUAUUAAGCUGACAGAAGAUCAUAAAGGGAAACCUUGUGGCCUCUGUGGAAAUUUUAAUGGCAAUAAAUAUGAUGACCUGAUACUGCAAAAUAUAGGUGAACAUACAGAAGACAUUGCUGAAUUUGCAAAUAGCUGGGCUGUGCAAACCCCAGAUGAUGCAGCUUGUAUACCUACUGCCUCAGAUUUUUCCAGUCCUUGCUCAGCUGAUGAAAAAUCCACUGAGGACAUAUUCUUCAAGUGCCAAAUAUUCCUACAGUUUCCUUUUUUCAGCUGUCAUGAAAGCAUAGAUCCAUAUUCUUAUAUUUCUAGCUGUAUGAACGAUCUUUGCAGAGUGGAUGAUGAUGAAACAUACUGCAGAGCAGUGACAGAGUACGCUCGAGCAUGCUCCCAUGCUGGGUCCCCUGUGCGGGAUUGGAGGGAUGAUUUUCCUGCCUGUACUGAGACGUGUGAAGAUAGCUUUGUACACCGUGAUUGUAUCAGUUGUUGUCCACCAACCUGCACCUUUGAAAAAGACUGUCUUGGCAGCAACUUGCACUGCUUAGAUGGCUGUUACUGUCCAGAUGGUCUCAUUAUGGAAAAUGGAACUUGUAUCUCCGUGUCAAAUUGUCCCUGUACUUAUCAUGGGACUGCCUUCCCUGUAGGCUCAAAAAUUGAACAAGAAUGUAGUAAUUGUAUUUGCACUGGUGGCAUUUGGAACUGUACUGAUCAUGAUUGCCCAGCUGAAUGCUCCAUCACAGGUAAUUCUCAUUUCACAACAUUUGAUGGACGUCAUUUUACCUUUCUUGGGAUUUGCCAGUACAUUUUGGUAAAAGGCACUGGAAAAAAAAAAUUCACAAUCACUUUACAGAAAGCACCUUGUGGGCAGAACUUUGAUCAUGCCUGCAUUGAGUCUAUAACACUAGUUCUUGAAGAUGAUGUGAGCAAACAAGUAACCCUUACAAGAAAUGGUCAAGUCCAAACUGGUCCUAAUCAAGCUUUUAACCUUAAUGGGGCUAUUGAAAUUCAGAAUAUAUCUUCUUUGUUUGUUCAACUAAAAACUAUGUUUGGUUUGAAGAUACUGUUUGCUAAAGAUGGAGAGAGGAUCUAUGUUCAAGUUGAUGCCAGCUGGAAGAGAAGAACAUUGGGACUGUGUGGAACUUACAAUGGGAAUUUAAGAGACGAUUUUCUUUCUCCAGCUGGGAUGAUAGAAGGGACUCCACAACUUCAUGCCAAUGCAUGGAAGGUUUCCUCAGCUUGUUCUGUGCCUAUCAACAUUCCCGUAGUCGAUCCCUGCAAUAUUAACCAGCAAAAUGUUGGGUAUGCUUCUCACUGUGAUAUUAUAAAUCAAGAAGUUUUUGCUCCCUGCCAUGCCUACAUCAGUCCAGUAUUGUACUACCAACUAUGCCGCUUUGACGCCUGCAAAUGUGGAAGCAGCUGUUUGUGUAAUGCUCUUGCACACUAUGCUUAUGUCUGUGGCAAGCACGGCAUUGUCGUGGACUUCCGAUCUCAUAUUUCUUACUGUGCUGUGAUGUGUCACAGUGGUAUGCUUUAUCAUCAGUGCUCUUCUUUUUGUAAACACUCCUGUGCUUCACUUUCUAUGGCAAAUAUCUGUGGUGAUGACUGUGCAGAAGGAUGCAAUUGUCCUGAUGGGAAAUACUUUGAAGAGUCGGUCAACUUUUGUGUAUCAAUAUCUGCCUGUCGUUGUCAUUACAAGGGCAAAGCCCUACAGCCUGGAGAAAUCCUCCCCACACCAACAGGCUCAUGCCAGUGUUUGAAUGGAACAGUGAAAUGUAUGGAAGCUACUACAGAAAAUACAGUUCGCACAUGCCCAGAAGGGAAAAUCUACUAUGACUGCAGAUCUCCUGCACCUGGAUUACCAGCAGCAGGUGUGAAUUGUGGGAUCUCCUGUGCAAACCUUGCCAUGAACUUCUCCUGUGUCCCCUCACCACCUUGUGCGAGUGGCUGUAUUUGCCCCCCUGGGAUGGCUGAACACAGAGGGAAAUGUUAUAUUCCUGACAGUUGUCCAUGCACCUGGAAAGACAGGGAAUUUUUGUCAGGAGAAGUGAUAGCUACGCCUUGUUACACUUGUGUUUGUCGGAGAGGGAUAUUCAAUUGCACUAGUUACCCCUGUCCAGCUGUAUGCACUAUUUAUGGAGAUCGACAUUAUUAUACCUUUGAUGGACUGGAGUAUGAUUAUGUCAGUGACUGCCAAGCUUAUUUGCUAAAGAGCACAGAUAACUCAAAUAUAUCUAUAAUUGCUCAGAACAAAAAGUGCUUUGAUAAUGAUAUUGUUUGCUCAAAGAAUAUUUUCAUCACUGUUGGAGACACUGAGAUUUAUUUCAGUGAACCUUCUGAGAAGCAGAAUGCCUUAAGGGGACAGGAAAACAAAUCUAACUAUCAGCUGUGGAAGGCUGGAUAUUAUACUGUGAUACACUUUCCAGAACAGGACAUUACAAUUCUGUGGGAUAAGAAGACCAUGAUGCAUAUUAAAGUUGGACCUCGAUGGAAGGGUAAACUGGCAGGUUUGUGUGGAAAUUUUGACAAAUACACUUCAAAUGAUCUGACUACAUCCAACAACAUGGAGGUGAGAAAUGCACAGAUAUUUGGAGACAGCUGGGUAUUAGGACAGUGCAAGAGCCCAAAUGAAACACUAAGACCAUGUGAGGUACAUCAGAGCAAGUUCCCUUAUGCCAAAAAGGAAUGCUCAAUUUUAUACAGUGAUGUUUUCGCACCUUGUCGCAAUGUGAUUGAUGUGACUUCCUUUGUCAAAAACUGUCAUACAGAUACAUGUAACUGCAAUCUUGGUGGGGACUGUGAAUGUUUGUGUACCAGUAUUGCAGCUUAUGCCCACAAGUGCUGCCAGCAAGGAGCAGUGAUACACUGGCGAUCUCCCUCUCUCUGUGCUUAUGACUGUGAAUAUUACAAUCAAGGGCUUGGUGAAGGACCCUAUAUUUUGGCAAGUUCUGGAGAAAAUGACACGAUUAUAGGAGCUAAUGUAUCUAGUAGAAGGAUAUUUCCCCUGCCUAGAACUGGAGCAUAUGGAAAUGUAUUUUUCAGUUUCAUGAUAACCCCAGGUCUUUUCAAAGAUAAAGAUUUAUCUCUCUCUCUUGUUUCCCUUGAAUCUGCUGAAAGGCCAAACUACUUUCUGUACAUACACGCUAAUGAAACCAUUGGGCUGGAACAGUGGCAGGCAAGUGCCUCCUUUCGGAGACGAGCCACAUUUUUCCACCACCAAGGCCUCUGGAGUCCAGGGCUCAGUGCCUUUGAACUGCACAGUAAAAAAGGCUUUUUCAUCAUUCUCACAUCAUCUGGUGUUAAAGUGGCAAAGUAUGAUGACUCAGAAGAAUUCAAACGUCUAAGUAGCUUUAGUAUUGAAGAACUCAGUGCCUCUGUGCCUUAUAGAAGGAUGUGUGAAUGGAGAUAUGAAUCUUGUGCUAAUCCUUGUUUUAAAACAUGUAGUGACCCUGAAGGAAUAGCAUGUAAAUUUCUUCCUCCGGUUGAAGGAUGCUUGCCGUACUGUCCCAAAAACAUGAUCCUUGAUGAGGUCACACUUAAAUGUGUUUACCCAGAAGAUUGUAUACCUGUGACACCUGUGGAAUCAGCAAUUGAAACAAAACCUUCAUUGUUAUUCCCUCACAUGAUUACUACCACGAGAUUUCCUCAGAAACAUCCUAUUCUUAUUACUUCAGGGACUGAGUCAACUCGUACCCGUAUGAUAACCGAAAUUACCACAAAGGCAAACACAACUUCAGCAGGAAUUAAUAUGUCAGCGCAGUCCAUUACAGACUUUUAUUCACUGGAAGCAUCUAAUACAGACACCUAUUCAACAUUUUCAUUAUCAAGAAAACAGAGUUCUUCGGUAAGUUCUUCAGCAGAAGAUGGAACAAUAUCAGUCAUGUCAGCUGGAAUCAUCACUCAAUCCACUACACCAAUGAUAAUGAACACAACAGUGAAUGCUACAUCCCUAAAAACACCUUAUACUUUUGUAAAAAUACCACCUAGUUCUUCAGCCAGUUUAUUAAUUGCUUCUGACACUACUGUAGCCCCUAGGAUUACUACAAAAACCUCUGGUUCUUUUGUUGCUGAUUUGAAGUUUCAUAUGGCUUUACCUUCAGUUUCUACUACCGUAGAAACACCUGUGUAUGUAUCACACAAGUCUUUAUUUACAUCUCCAGCAUCUCACGUUUCAGAGAGCAGUAAAGAGACUCCAAAAAUGACAAUCAUUAAAACAACUGGUACUACAAAUCCAUUAUCACAGACAAAGAGUUCUUCAUUUACAGCUUCAGAAUUUAAGUAUGCAACCUCAUUUGAAAGAGCUUCAGAUACUUUAGAAAGCAGCCAGACUUCACAUUUGCAAAGAAAUGUAACCAAGACAAAGGCAACCACAACAGAGAAAUCUUCCCUGCUGUAUUUGACAGUACCUGCAAGUCAGAGUUCACCCUUUUCAAGAGAAAGAAAUAUAACCUUAGCAAAAAAUCUCUCUGAAGUUCCAGAUGUAACAACAUCAGAUUGGUCUAAAAUCCUAACACAGAAAACAGAGACUGUGGAAACACAAUAUUCUCUGGCAAGCACAGAAACAUUGACAGCUAUAGCUGACAAGGCUUCUUCUGGUACAAUGAUGCACACACUGUUGUAUACAUCUUCUGAAUGUGUGCCAAGAUAUCUUGAACCUGUCGACAAAUGUAGCCAGUAUAUAUGUGUUAAUAUGGGUUGGAUGUUAUACAACCUUUCAAGGAACUGCCCUAAGGAUGCACAGAAGCCAGACUGUGGUUUUCGAGGAAUGCCAGUUCAAGUUAACACUGAUAGUUGUUGCCCAGAAUGGGAAUGUCCCUGUCAAUGUUCUGUGCUGUCUGAACUGAGUAUUAUUACAUUUGAUGGAAACAACAUAGCCCUCUGCAAUAUGGCUUCCUACAUUUUAGUCAAGCUACCAGGAGAAACUAUUGUUGCUCAUAUUGAAAAGUGUCCUUCUAAUCAGAGUGCAAAUUCAAUAAGAAAUCUAGUUCCCCCUGCAAGCACUUCAGGGCUCUGCUUUAAGAAGUUAAAUGUAACAACACAUACAUCUAAAUUACUUAUUAACCGUUUAUCAAGAAAAGUAGUAGUGGAUUCUCUAAUUCCAUCAUUACCAUUUUCAAAAGAAGGACUGAGUAUUCAGGAUACUGGUGCGAUGUAUGUCAUUAAUACCCCAGCUGGUAUUAGCAUCAAGUGGGCUCAUGUUACAGGCAUCAUAGAUAUACAGUAUGGAUUACACUCUAACACAUCAAUGAAGACAGAAGGACUUUGUGGGGUGUGUAAUGGAGACCCUACUGAUGACCUGAAAAUGCAAAACAGGACCAUAAUUACAAAUAUGGAAGAAAUUGAAAUGUUCAUUAAGAGUUGGGAAAUUGAGAAAUCUCAUGAUGUGACAACUAGGAGGCCAGUAAGAAACUGUACUGAAGAUAACUGCACAUACUGUAUAGAACUGUUAAACAGAAGUGUUUUCGUUCCUUGUCACAAGAAAGUUUCACCACAGGAGUUUUGUGAAAAGAUGUGGAUCAACAGCACUCAGUUUUGGAAUUAUGAGUGUGAUGCACUUUCUGCAUAUGUGGCGUUAUGCAACAAGCACAAUAUCUGCAUUAAAUGGAGGACAUCUGAUUAUUGCUCACUGAGUUGUCCAGAGGGCAAGGAAUACCAGCCUUGUGUGCAACCGUGUGAAGCAAAGACAUGCUUGAAUAAGUGGUUGUAUGAAGAUUCUCCCUGUUCCUAUUUAAGGGAAGACUGUGUGUGUAAAAAUGGCACUAUUCUACAUAGAACAGACUCUGACCUCUGUAUUCCAGAAGAAAAAUGUACAUGUACAGAUAACAGAGGCCAACCCCGCUCUGCUGGGGAGAUCUGGAAUGAGUCCAUGAGAGGUUGUUGCAUAUACAACUGCUUAGAAAAUGGAAGUAUUGUUGCUGUAGAACCUGAAUGUAAUGAUGAUCCACCACCAGCUUGUGAAAGAGAAGGAGAAGUUAUCAUCCAUGUCAUUGAAGAAAGGGCUUGCUGUCCCAAGAAAGUUUGUGAAUGUAACAUGUCAUUAUGUGAUGCCAUUAUUCCAACAUGCAAAACCAAUGAAAAAUUGGUUGUAGGCUACAACCCUCUGUCCUGCUGUCCACAAUACCGAUGUGAAUGUGAUCCUUCACUUUGUUUCAAUGCUUCUCAGCUGGAUUGCAGAGAAGACCAAUUUAUUGUUGAAGCAAAACAGGAAGAUCCCUGUUGUUUCUCUUAUGUCUGUGUUUGUGAAUCCUGUAUUGAGCCUGUUCCCUUCUGUAAUGAAGGGGAAAUUCUCACUGUAGACCUUAAUACCAUACAUUACUGUUGUCCACAUUACUACUGUGUCUGUGAUGAAAACCUUUGUUCUGAUCCUCCUAUGAAUUGUACAGAUGACAUGAGACUUGUGAAGGAAAAAAUACCUGGGCAGUGUUGUCCAGAAUGGCACUGUGAAUGUAGCUGUGAAAAUGCUACUAUGCUGACUUGCAAAAUGGGAGAAGUUAAAAAAAUAGACAGUAGCUUUUACAGUGCUUGUGGAUGCACUCACUACAUUUGUGAAAAGGAUGAUGUAUGCAUUUUCCAAGAAGUAACAGUACUGAAUCCUGGACAAUCAGUGAUUCAGUACUUGGAUGGAGACCUUUGUUACACUGUACAGUGUUUACAAGAAAAAGAUCACAACACGGGAUACAAUGCCAUGCAUUUUACAAUAGUGAACUGUUCCCAGCAAUGUGAAGCUCAUCAAAUAUAUAUUCCUUCCUCCAGUCACCGUAGUUGCUGUGGUACCUGUCUAAAUGUGUCCUGUUUUUUUCACACUGAGAAUGGCACACAAAUUGUAUAUGAGGAAGGAAGCACCUGGAGCUCCAACUGCACAAACUACAAGUGUACAAAGACUGCUGCGGGGGCUAUGAUACUGGGCUCUGGUGUUGUUUGUCCCCCUUUCAAUGACACUGAGUGUACAAAGAACGGAGGAAUUGUGCAGACAUAUAAUGAUGGCUGCUGCAAGACCUGUUCUGGAUUGGGUCUAUUACCCUUUGCCAUUAGUCCAGUAGUGCCUACUGAUAGUAUUAAUUGUGAACCAGGCAAAAAGGAAGAAAGGAUUUGCCAGAAAAUGACAAUCAGGACAACUAUAAGAAAAAAUGAUUGUAUAAGUCAAAGCCCGAUAAAUGUGGCUUCUUGUGAUGGAAAAUGCCCAUCUGCAACAAUUUUCAACGUCAAUAUUGAUAGCCAUUUAAGAUUCUGUAAAUGUUGUCGAGAAAAUGGAACACGUAAUCUGACUGUGCCACUACACUGCUCAGGAAAUGGCACUGAAAUUAUGUAUGUCAUUCAAGAGCCUAUAGAAUGCUCAUGCCAAUGGAACUGAGCAUUGCAUGGAUAUGAUUUCAUCUGAAGAACUGAAAUGUGUUUCAUUUCACCAGACUAUUUUUUCACCUUGGAUGGAUAUACUACUCUGCAGAAAAAAAAAAUAAAAAUAAUAAUAAAAAAGACACCAAUUAUGUUUUAUAAUGUAACUUUUCAAAUUUAGUAGACAUUAUGUUGUUGUUCAAAUAAUUUCCUUUUAAAAUAUUGGCAUAUAUAGAAAGAAAUAUAUAAAUCCUUUUUGGCAAGAUGUAAUUUAGCCAUCAUUUACUUUUAAAUGGCUUUCCAAUGAGUUGUUGAUGUCUAUGUUUCCAGUAUUUUAAAAUUUGGGAUUAUGGCUAACUGUCAAAACUUGGAAUUUGUGAGUGAUUCUUUACCUUUUGGUUAGAAAAUUUCAGUUGAGGAUCAUCAUUGGAAUUAAUGUUUAAAUGGAGAAGAUGCAUAUGGAGGUUUUGAGAAUGACUGAAUU